GCGAACCGCCACGUGUCAAUCGCCCCCAUUCAUGGUUUCCCCUUAUUUAGGCAAACAAACCGUUGGGUUCUUCUUGUGCUGCUGCUGCGGCUCAGUUGUGGUGGAGAUGGAAGAAAGUCCGGAUGAGAUUGAGGUUUGUAAAAUCUUGCUUGACCUCGGAAACGUGUUUCGCGAAUCAGUGUGCAGAUGGGGCUGUAAGCGGAGGAGAUCUAGCGGCGGCGGCGGCGAGUUCUCGGCAAGGAACAUUGUAAAAGUCUUGAGUCCUGACACCCCACUCUCCUUCUGCCCCACCACUGAAUCUGAUGACAACAAACACUCUCAGAAAAGGAGUAGAGAGGAAUGGAAGAGGGAAAUAGAGGGAUUAACACACUGUAAAGAAAUGCUGAUCCAGCAAUUGGAGACUGCGAGAGUUCACUAUGAUACCCAGAGGCUUUACAAUCUCAAGUUGAAAGCAAUGAAGCAGGAGGAGAAGCGGCGGCGGCAGCAGUUAUUGACUUCUUCAUUCCACAAACAACAAGAGGCUUUUGUGAGGUUAAUUGGGCCAGCCAGAAGUGUAGCCCAACAGCUUCAAUAUCCAGUCAUUGUUGGCCACAAGGAUUGGUUCUCUGCGCAGGACUUUGCAAACAAGAGUAUGAAGAAGGCCAUGUAUGCUGAGGCACGGAGGAGCAGAAUGAACAAAUUGAAGAUUAGGGGAAGGAGGAGGCCAUAGUAUCAUGUUUCCUUCCACUUUUAAAUCCCUAGCUUUUUUAUUGUUUUCGUAGUUCGCUUCUCAAUUUGUAAAUCCUCAGUUUUGGUUUUCAAACACUUGAGUCAGUUCAUUAAUACCUGUACAAAAAAUGGCAUGAAAAUUUUGAGAAUGCUAAUCUCAUUGUCAUCGGUCUUUUUUAGAAUGAUUUUCUCAUAUACGAGAAUUUCUUUUUUCAUUUUUC